AAUAUUUAAUAACCACCGUCGAUCUGUACUACCAAACCGAGCUCUCAUUUUAAAACAUUGACCCCAGAUGAAACCCUAGAUAGCACGUUCUCUAUAUAAUGCUCCAGCAAACCCUCAGCAAGCUCGGCGGCUAACGAGAAAACCCUAGCUAAACUCGCUAGGCAGGUAAGUUAGAAGAAGAAGCAAUGGCGGUACCGUUACUGUCGAAGAAGAUAGUGAAGAAGAGAGUCAAGAAGUUCAAGAGGCCCCAAAGCGACCGGAAGAUAUCUGUCAAGGAAAACUGGCGCAGACCAAAGGGUAUCGAUUCUCGAGUGCGUAGAAAGUUCAAGGGAUGCACUCUUAUGCCUAACAUUGGUUAUGGCUCAGACAAGAAGACACGCCAUUAUCUUCCAAAUGGGUUCAAGAAAUUUGUUGUACACAAUGUCAAUGAGCUUGAACUGUUGAUGAUGCACAACAGGACUUAUUGUGCUGAGAUUGCACAUGACGUGUCCACAAAGAAGAGGAAAGAGAUUGUGGAACGUGCUGCCCAGCUUGAUGUUGUUGUGACUAACAAACUUGCUAGGUUGCGCAGCCAGGAGGACGAAUGAGCUUAAAACUAUUGUGUUUUGUAGCUUACUUUGUUUAUCAAAAUGCUUAAAUCAAAAACUUUCAUAAUUCUGACAUCAAAAGAUAUUCUGUUUGUUGCUGCCACAUUUAUUUUAAAAACAUAGACUACGUCA